UACCAGGGGUAAACGUGCCAGCCUCAGGUACACGUAUAUACAAUAGUAUUUUAUGAUAUUAUAACAUAUAUUAUUAUAAUAGUAUUAUAUGAUAUAUGAAUAUUUUACCGAGGCCUUUUGUGUACACAGAAAAUAUUACAGUUCAGGAGUGCUGAUAUUUUAGUUGAGUAUGAACUUUCAAGUACCACCCAACUCUCAGCCACAGCAAACUAAAGCACUUAAAGAUCCAGGCUGCACUGAAAUGUUAAGUCCAGUCAUUGUGGUUUUAUUACUAGCAGCGACUACUAACUAACUAAACAAACCUUUCAUGGCGAUAAUGCCAAGAGUUGUGGUGUAUGACGUCAUUUGUAUUGCGUCCCAAGCUCCGUCUGGUGUGGCGACAUUUAGUCAACAAUCGAAUGGGCGACAUGGCCUCCAAAGCUCAGAUGCCGAGCCCAGAAGCAGCGCUGCCCGGCAGGACUGAAGCUAUCAGGGUGUCCGCCAACCACGAUGUGAACGGCAACAGGACCACGCCCCCUUUCCCUGAAGACACACACAUGGUCAUGUUUGCUUGGCGCUGUCCUGCAGGCAUGGGCUGCUUCUGGGGGGCGGAGAGGAAGUUCUGGAGGCAGAAAGGAGUCUACUCCACUCAGGUGGGCUACGCUGGAGGCUACACGCGCAACCCCACCUACAAGGAAGUGUGCACAGGCAUGACAGGCCAUGCUGAGGUGGUCAGAGUGGUCUUCCAUCCAAACCAGAUCUCCUUUGCUAACCUGCUCAAAGUCUUCUGGGAAAGCCAUGACCCCACUCAAGGCAUGCGUCAGGGCAACGACGUGGGGACGACGUAUCGCUCUGCCAUCUACACCUACACGCAGCCGCAGCUGGCCGAGGCGCUGGCGUCCCGAGAUCAGUACCAAAAGGCUCUGACUGAGGACGGUUUUGGAGCCAUCACAACAGAGAUUGCAGAGGGCAAAGACUUUUACUACGCUGAGGACUACCACCAGCAGUACCUGAGUAAAAACCCAGACGGCUACUGUGGGCUGCGCUCCACCGGAGUGUCCUGUCCAAUUGGGAUCAAGGAGAAGGCCUAGCUGGCCAAUCACAGCCAAGGUUCAUUCAAAAGCGCUCAAAGCAGGUUUUUCUUCUGCGAUCUAUGCUGCAAUGACCAUGUAUCUUUAAAUAUAUUUGAUUAUGUUCGUGUUUAAAUGUCAACUACACAGUUGACAUGAACUUGCAUAUAUUUGUUUCUGUACAUGGAAUGUGUGCCUGCGAGUUCCAUCUUGCUAAAACUAACAGCAACAUUCAAGUCAUUUAAAAUAUGCAUCAUAUCAUCAUCUGCUCUUUCUUUUUACGUCAGUUCGACUUUGUUUUAUUGCUCAUGAUAUUGUGAUUGGCUGGCCACCAGCCCAGGGCGCACUCCGGACUGCUGGGAUAGGCUCCAGCACCCCCGGACCCUCGUGAGAAUAAGCGGUAGAAAAUGAAUGAAUGAUUAUAUUUACUUUUUCACUUCCACUUAAUGUCACUAGAGGGCAGCAGAGACUCCGAAUAGCCUCUCCCUUGUACACAGUCUUACAUUAAUAAUUACUGUAUGAAGAUAUUCACGUGUAUCUUUACAUAUUAUUUCAUAUGGCAGAUAUAUUCCUACGUGCCUGAACAGCCAAUUACAAACAAGCUGUUAAACAGCUGCUAUAAAAUCAAUCAUUAACAUUAAGGAGCUGCCAAGAAUCAUCAUGAAACUGCUGACAGACAAUUACGACAAUAACAAGCACAUUAAUAAAUCAGUGUCAAACGCCUGAAAGUGAAAAAAGAAAAAUACAUGACGCGGUGGAGAUUUACUGAGCUAAAAGUCAAGCAGGAACGAGUUUAACCGGUUUAUGUUCUGACGAGCACAGGAGGUGAGCUCGUCGUCCUGGUAACUGUUUUCCGAUAGGGUCCCAUCCUAAAUGAUGUCCGACUGGGAAACACGGGCCUAGACGACGUUGUCAAGUGUCAAAUGGAAACUACUUUAUACUUCGUUUGUCUGACACAUGGACGACAAACAUGUCAGUUUGGGCGAAAAGACGAACGUCCAAGAGGGAAGAAGUGCUGAAGAAGGGUAUCGGCUGAUGGUAAGUUAGCUACUUCUGCUAGCUUGUGGCGUUUGUUAAUUAUGUUAGCUGUGUGACGUCACUGCGCCGACUCGGCUUGCGUUUCAAUUUUUAGGAGUGAAAUAAUGUGCCUGAAUGUAACAAUAGACAAUGACAACAAUAAAAGAAUGAAAAUAAAACUCACAAUAAGUUAAAAUAAUCUAUAAUAAUAUGCUGACGAACCUGAUAACUUUUGCAUAUUCUCUGGAAUAGAAAGUACAAUACAUUCAUUCAUUCAUUUUCUACCGCUUUUUCCUCGCGGGGGUGCUGGAGCCUAUCCCAGCUGUCUUCGGGCGAGAGGCGGGGUACACCCUGGACUGGUCGCCAGCCAAUCACGGCACAUAUAGACAAACAACCAUUCACACUCACAUUCAUAAGUACAAUACAGUCUUUUCUAAAAAUUGUUUCUAUUUUAUUAACAUAUUCAUCAUUUUUAAGAUCGAAUAAUUAGAUGUAUUAGAAGUGAUACAAAUAAUAGUAAAAUAAUCUAACCACUAGAUAUUUCAGUGACGUUAUCAUCAUGAAUAAAAUAAUUUCACUAUCAUCGGCAAGGAAGCGGUUCUGGCUCCAGAAUUUGUGGUUGUGGUCAUGGUUCCCAUCCCCGAGCCAAACUCCGAUGUCAGCAGCCUCUUCUGCAGGAAAGUGGGACAGAAAGUGGCAAUGUAGGCGUCCUUGAAGCCUGAGUAACAGAAGCAGUAGACCAGCGGGUCCAGCAGGCAGUCGAUGUUGGACAGAACCAUGAGGCUGUCGUACGCCUGAGCCGCCAGACCCUCCACUUCCGGCCUCGUCAGCCGCGCGGCCAGCAGCACCGCCCGGGCGAUGGUGGAUGGCAAGAAGCAGACGGAGAAGAGCCCCACCACGGACAUGACCACGCACGUCGCUCGCCUCAGUUUGCGCUGGUCACCCACCGUCUUCUUCCUCAGCCGGUGGACGAUGCGCGCCGUGCAGUAGACCAGGAUGAUGAAGGGGAUUAGGAUUUGGGUGAAGAAGACCAACUUCACAAGGGAACAAAGAUAAGAGAGAGGGUCAUGGACUCAUUGGCUGUGUAAAGGAUGCUUUGUUAAAACCGUGGGAACACUUUAGGGAAGGCUCCUUUUUAUUCCUAACGCAGAAACAAGGCCCACAAAGCCAUGCAUGGAGGAGUUUGGUGUGGAACAGCUAGAACGAGUUAGUGACCUCUGUUGUCACAAAUGGACAAAGAAAUCUAAAUCUUGUGGAAACCUCACUCCCUGAUGCCUUAAGAGCUGCGCUGGACAAUGAGUCUUUUUGCUUACUGGCUAGCGCAGCUAGUGGACCUAAUUUUCCAGAAAUUAAAUUUGUUUGUUUGCCCCUGUGCAUCACUAUGGAAAGCCAUGUGCUAGAUCAGGGGUCUCAAACACGCGGCCCGCGGGCCAAAUGUGGCCCGCAGGACACUAGUUUGAGGCCCCCGCCUUGAUAUGAAAGUUUAAUGUUAGUGCGGCCCACGCAAGUUUGAUAUGGAUGCUGUAUGGUAUCAUGUACCCAGAAAAUAUUAUUACGUUUGAUUAAUGUUCAU